CAACCAACAACGAUCCACUAAAGAAAAAAGAAGGAACUAAACAUCAUCUUCACCAACGCCCUCACUCUCUUCCUCCUCUUUUCCCUUCUUCUCCUUUCCCAUGUAAAUCCGCCUCAACAACCCCCUCUGCAGACCACACAGGCGUCUUCCCCCUCACCCACAACACCAUGCCCGCAAUCCACCCAACUAGUCAGUUGGCCGACGCGGCCAUGGGAGGAUACUGCUUCCCAUUCUUCUCGACUUUGGGCUCACAAGUGCACCACUCCUUCUCAUCGACCGAGUCCAGCACACCGGGGAUGUGGUUUCCGCAGCCCCACCAAGUUGCCUUGUCUAAAGUGACCGUAUGUAAGCAUAAAGCCCUGUCAAUGUCCCUCUCUGAGAAAGAUGCAAAUCAUAGUGCAGUAUCUCAGUUAUGAGAGUCUAUAGAGGUGUAAGAGAGGGGGUAGUGAGUGAGUGGUGCUUACGGCAGUUGUUGCAAGUAGCACUUCGACACAUG